AAAGAAACAUUCAUUCGGUUAUUUACGUGUACUUUAACUAAAUGAUAGUUAUCUAAUUAUUGAAGCAAACAAACUAUUUAACAAUCCCUAAAAUAAAUUCAUACAACAUAACUUAGUGACCAACACUAUCAAUUUCAAAGGGUGUGAAAGUUCAGGAUUUUAGGAUUGUCUAUCCUUGCACACCAACACUUUCAAACAAAAACUUAAAGACGCUCCUUGCUUUGUGAAAUUUUCCGGAAAAUCAAGCUAACUGCAUUUAAUUUAAUUUUAAAUAUCGUCACUUGAUAGAUAAGAAAUAAAAAAAUGGGAUCCGUGCUUAUCGAAUCGCGCAUGGUUGGUAAACUUAUUGGACCACGAGGUGCAACAAUCCAACAAUUGCAAAAUGAAUACAACGUCCACAUUUCCAUCUCAAAGGAAGAUGAUGCUGAGGGAAACAGAACGGCAGAAAUUCGAGGUUCUGAUGAUGAUGUUCAGAACGCAAUUCAAGCAAUUCAAGAACGCUACUGCAACCAACCUGGAGGCGGCGGUGGCUACCAACAGCAAGGUGGAUACCGUCAAGGUGGUGGUGGCGGUUAUCGUCAAAAUGAUGGCGGUCGCAGUUACGGAAACUCAGGUGGCUACCAACAAAAUCAAGGAGGAUACCGACAAAAUCGCGGUGAUGGCCAGUGGGGAAACCGUGGUGAUGGAACUGGUUCUGGCUGGUAAACAUGAUCGUAAUUCAAACCUUAGCGAGCCUAAAAAGCUUCUCAUUGUCUUAAGUUGAAAGACGUUAAAAAAGACUGCCAAAAUUACAACGACGGCUGUGCUUUCUCAACUCUCAGCAUUAGAUCGAAAAAACUGAACAUUUUAUAAUUUUUCUUCUCUUCAAAUUUAGUUUUAGGAGCUUCACUCGAAAAUCUACGUCCUUAAUAAUCAAUUCAUGUAUGAAAAAUAAUUGUACUUUCAUUCCAAUUUGAUAACCGAUUAUAAUUCUUAUUUUUGUAAUCUCCAUUAAUGAUACUUUAAAAUCCAAAAUAAAAGAUGCUUCGAAACGUUUGAAUAUGUGCUGCUAAAUAAAAA